CUUCCAUUCUCCUCAACAUUCCGUUUUGCUCUCUCUCGCUCUCUCUCUCUCUCUCAUCUCUCUCUCUCUCUCUCUCUCCGGAGUUCAUUCAUCGAUCAAUCGAAUCCAUGGCGUUCAAGAAAACCCUCGCCCAGCGUCUCUUCAACAUCACCAAGCUCUCGUCGCAAACGCUCACCAACUGCCGAAUCUCCUCCUCCUCCGUCAGCGUUUCUUCGAGGGCCACCGCCGAGCGUGGUGGCAGUAGUAGUAUUGCUCCAGAUCCAGGGGACAAUGCCGGCGGCGUUUUCAGGAGGUUCCUCCACAAGCGUGCCGGGUACCAACAACCGGAGGUCCAUUCACAUUCUCCCCAGAUCGCCGGAAACUUGGUGGAGCAGCUCAGGGCGAUGGACAUUUCACGGAGCCGGAUCCGGUUGGAGGGGCUGAUCAGCCCGCCGGAGGGGGAGAAGAAGCCGAACGGAAUGGAAGGUGUGAGCGUUGAGGAUGCGAAGAAACUGCUUAAGGUGGCUCAGGUGGAAAUGGUGAAAUCUAGACUGAGGGAAACCCAGAAAACCUGCAUGCCCCUCUCAGAGUUCAUUUCGAUCUGCGCUGAACAUUGCUCCGAUCAGGAUCAAGCUGUCAAUGUUGCAAAGAUGCUAGAUGAUUCUGCAGCUGUGAUUAUAUUGGGAGAUGUCGUUUUCAUCAGACCUGAACAGGUAGCAAAAGCUAUCCAGGGUCUGCUCCCUGUACCAGGAGCCAAGGUGCACGAAUCAUUAAGAAAAGAAUUUGAAGAAAUGCAGAAAGAGAAGUUGGCCAUUGACACAAAAGCCGACACCUUGGUUCGCCGAGAGCUCUGGGGUGGGCUGAGUUUCCUGAUAUUGCAAACAGUUGGGUUCAUGAGGCUCACAUUUUGGGAGCUUACUUGGGACGUGAUGGAACCAAUAUGCUUCUAUUUGACCUCAAUGUACUUCAUGGCAGGGUACACAUUCUUCCUCAGGACCUCAAAAGAACCAUCCUUUGAAGGUUUCUACCAAGCCCGUUUCAGCUCCAAGCAGAAGCGCCUCAUGAAGGCUCACAAUUUUGACAUUGGAAGAUAUAAUCAGCUCAGAGCUGCUUUCCCUCCUACCAUGCCUCCAAAGCUUGAUUCCUCCAUUGCUCUCCCAUUUGAUUCUGCUAUACAGCAUCACUGACAUGAAUUUUAAUUGGCCUAAAUUCAAAAUAAUCAUAUGGAAGGUCCUCAGCAAAAUUCUUAUUCACUGACUGUUCACAAGCAAAUUGCUGCCCCAAGUAGCAAAUUUCAGGGAUUAGAAAGCCCUAUCCACCAUUUUGACGAGCAUUGGAGAAGAUCAUUUAGAUAUAUGCUUACGGGUGUGUUAGAUGUAGAUGCGGCUCUAUGUAGAACUAACAAAUGCAGAGUGUUCUUUCCAAUUUUCCAAUGUUAAAUACCUCAUAGUGACAUUACAUUUUGUGAAAUCAAAGUUUCAGAAAUUGUUUAAA